AUGGGUGACUCUAAAAUCCAGAACAGCCUACUGCUGGCUAGUUAUUUUGUCUAUUUACUAUUGGGAUCUCUGAUAUUCCAAGCCCUGGAGACUGACUUUGAGAGAGAACUGAAAACAUCAGUGUAUGAAAUGAAAGCUGCUUUCCUAAGAAAACUUGGUGAUCUAACUCCAGAAGAUGUUGAACAAUUUGUGGAGAAUCUGACUCAUGCAGUCCGAAGAGGAGUAUAUCCCCUAGGAAAUGGAACAGAGGUUGACCAUAACAAUUGGGAUUUUAGCAACUCUUUUUUCUUUGUGGGCUCCAUUGUAUCCACAAUAGGUUAUGGGACUCUAUCUCCCAAGACAGCUGGUGGACAGAUUUUCUGUGUCAUCUUUGCUUUAUUUGGAAUCCCUUUAAAUCUCAUGUUCCUACACCGAGUGGGGAAGACGCUUUCCCUGUUAUGUGAAAAGCUUGGAAAAUGCCUUCAGCGUCAAGGGAUGAAAGAGAAAAAAAUCAAAUUUCUGACACUUCUGUUUUUCCUGGUGACUGGAAUCCUCAUAUUUCUUGGAUUACCAUCAAUUGUCUUCCAUUCAACAGAAGGUUGGACCUAUAAUGAAGGAAUUUAUUUUGCAUUCAUCACUCUGAGCACUGUUGGUUUGGGUGAUUAUGUAGUAGGUAUGCAGCCUGGAAAACAAUACUGUUCCUAUUAUCGAGCCCUGGUAGCCAUUUGGAUUCUCUUUGGCCUUGCCUGGAUUGCUCUUCUAUUUAACUUAUUGACCAGAGUUUUGGAAGACACAGAAAAAAAGAUAGCUGAGGACCUCCACAAAAUAGGAAAAGUAGGAAGAGAAAAUGGGAGAAGCCUGAAAAGAUUCCAGUGUGUCAGCCCUUCUCCUAAAGAGACCUUACCACUGGACACUAAAGAAAGUCCUCAGAAAUUUAUUUUUGAAACAGAAGAAAAGGACAAUGGAGAAGAGAAAGAAACCAGUUUUCUUUGUGAAUCCGUCUUGUGA